CCGUCUGCACCUCUCUCCUUCUGCUCCCUCGUAGUGCAGAGCCGCAGAAUCAACCCCCAGCUCUACGAUGGAGGGGGGUAAAAUGUUGGCUGCGUGUCUGCUGUGCUGGAGCUGCACUGUGCGCGUGGUUACAGCCAUCCAGAGGGCUGAUAUGUUUCCUUAUGGCACUUUAAGUGGAGAUUUAAUUCUGGCAGAGGGCGACGAUGAAACCUCCAGAGUGCUGCCCCUGCCCAAACCCUUAUACUUCUACAACUCCCUCUUCACCCAGCUCUAUGUGGCCACCAAUGGUAUCAUAUCAGCCAUGGACUUGCCGAUGGAGAAGCAGUACGUGGACGAUGGCUUCCCCACAGAUUUCCCCGUGGUGGCCCCGUUCCUGGCUGACAUUGACACCAGCGGAGGGCGAGGACACAUUUACUACCGGGUGACAGAAACACCCAGCGUACUCAACAGAGUGGCCCAGGAAGUACAUCGAGGGUUCCCGGAUGCAAAAUUCACACCCACACAUGCGGUGGUGGCAACAUGGGAGAAUGUGGCGGCAUAUGAAGAACAAACUCGAACCCCUGGGCCUUCAAACAAGGUCAAUACAUUCCAGGCAGUAAUUGGUUAUGAUGAGACCGACUCAUACGUUCUCUUCCUCUACCCUAAAGGUGGCCUGAACUUCUUUGGGACACGACCCAAGGAGUCGUAUAAUGUUGAGAUAGAGCUUCCUGCAAGAGUUGGCUUCAGCAGAGGAGAAAUUACAUAUUUAAUCAUUUCCCGAACUGAGGGACCUCACUAUAGUGUUACAAGCGAUGAGCAGAGUGUUAAAAACCUUUACCAGGUUGGUAAUACAGGAAUACCAGGUAUAUGGCUUUUCCACACCGGGAACCGUUACUCUUUCAACAACAUUAUUCCGGCAUCCAGUGGUGGCCUCAUUGCUACUUUACAUUCUGGAGGACAUGGCCUCCCCCUGGACACCACCACCCCUGAGUACGCUGAGUUUGAGGAAUAUCCAGACAAUACCUUUGACCCUGAUAACCAAGAGGAAGAGGACGAUUACCCCUUGACAGGCGGGGACCCUGAAUUCCAGCCAGCCCCUUCUGGUGGUGACCACUCAGAGUCUCUUAAGCCAGCAGGUCCUGAUGCUCCCUCCUCUCCUCCAGAGGAUCCUGGUCGUCCGGGGUCAUAUGCCAGUGAAGAUGUACCGUUGACCUCUGAGCCCAGGUACGGUUCAGAAGCAGCAGAAAGGCAGUAUGCUCCCCGUAAUCUUCCUGAGGCAGUGGCAGAGGGAGGUGCUCAGCAGACUCAGGAACAGCAACCUCAGGUUCCUCUGGAGGUGGUAGAUGUAUACCCCCCUCACAGAAAUGAACCACGUCUUUCCCCUGGAGGUCACGUGGUUAGUGUGGAUGAAGAAGAUGUUGAUUUUGACACAGGAGUGAUUCAGUACACUACAGAGAAUAAGGAAACAUGUGCGAGAUUCCAGCAGCAGUGCUCCCAGAAUGCAUUUUGCUCUGACUACACUACAGGCUUUUGCUGUCACUGCCGGCCUGGCUUCUAUGGAAAUGGACGCCACUGUCUUCCUGAGGGUGCUCCCCAGCGUGUUAGCGGUAAGCUGAGCGGUACUGUGAUCGUUGGGUCAACUCCAGUACAACUGGACAACAUUGAUCUCCAUGCCUACAUCGUGGUGGGAGAUGGGAGAGCGUACACUGCCAUCAGCGAGGUACCCGAGCCAGUGGGCUGGGCUCUGAUGCCAGUCGUACCAAUAGGAGAGCUGUUUGGUUGGCUGUUUGCUCUGGAGCUGCCCAACAGCCAAGCAGGAUUCAAAAUCGCAGGUGCCGACUUCACUCGUCGUGCAGAGGUGAUCUUCUACCCUGGCAACCAGCGUCUGUCAAUCAUUCAGACGGGCCGUGGCCUUGACGACCACAACCACCUCACCGUGGAUACUGUAGUCAGAGGCAAUGUGCCCUUCCUACCUCCUGGAGCUGAAGUUACCAUGGAUCCCUUCAAGGAGACCUACCAGUACUACCCAUCCGUUGCCACUUCCAACUCCGUGAGAGAGUUUUCAGUUCUUUCAGCGGACCAAGGCUCAGAGUCCUUCUCCUUCCAACUAAAACAGAAUAUCACCUACCGUGACUGUCGACAUGACAACCGUGCCACCGCCCUGGAGACGCUACAGAUCACCAUGGAGAGGGUGUUUGUGAUGUAUGUCAAGGAGGAGCGGAUCCUGAGAUAUGCCAUCACCAACAAGAUCGGCCCACUUGGCGCUGAGCCAACUGAGCCGGAGCAAGUCAACCCCUGCUACGCUGGGAACCAUGACUGUGACACCACGGCCCAGUGUAUCCCACUAGAGGGCCAAGCUUUCCAGUGCCAGUGUGCUACUGGUUACAGAGGGGAUGGACGCAACUGUUACGACAUAGAUGAGUGUGCUGAGGGUUUGAGUUCAUGUGGCGCUCAUGCUCAGUGUAUGAACCUGCCGGGAAGCCACCGCUGCCAGUGCCACAGUGGCUAUGAGUUUGGCUACGACGGGCGCACCUGUGUUGAUAUGGAUGAGUGCAGCUCCUCCCCAUGUCACGUCCAUGCCAGAUGUAUCAAUGUACUAGGAUCUUUCCAGUGUCAGUGCCAGCCUGGGUUUUAUGGUGAUGGUUUCUACUGUUCCCAGCAGGAAGGACAGACAGUUCGUCCAAAGAGCCAGUGUGAGCAGCACAGAGACAGUCUGCAGAGUGGAGUGGAACUUAGAGGAUGGCAGAGUCUCGGAGCCUUCAUCCCUCAGUGCGACUCUGAUGGGCGAUACCGACCACUGCAGUGCCAUGGCUCUACUGGACAUUGUUGGUGUGUGGACAGUAGGGGACAGGAGAGAGCAGGAACCAGGACACUACCUGGUACAGCACCCAAAGACUGUGACAGGCCAGAUGAACCAGAGCGUCCUAAAACUCACUGUGAGCAGCACAGAGACAGUGUUCAGACUACCAGUCCAGAGGGGUAUCCUGUGCUUGGAGCCUAUGUCCCUCAGUGUGAUGCCAAUGGACAGUACACACCUCGACAGUGUCAUGGCUCUUCUGGACAUUGUUGGUGUGUGGACAAUAGGGGACAGGAGAGAGCAGGAACCAGGACUCCACCUGGUGCAGCACGAAAAGACUGUGACAAACCAGAUGAACCAGAGCGUCCUAAAACUCACUGCGAGCAGCACAGAGACAGUGUUCAGACUACCAGUCCAGAGGGGUAUCCUGUGCUUGGAGCCUAUGUCCCUCAGUGUGAUGCCAAUGGACAGUACACACCUCGACAGUGUCAUGGCUCCUCUGGACAUUGUUGGUGUGUGGACAAUAGGGGACAGGAGAGAGCAGGAACCAGGACUCCACCUGGUGCAGCACGAAAAGACUGUGACAAACCAGAUGAACCAGAGCGUCCUAAAACUCACUGCGAGCAGCACAGAGACAGUGUUCAGACUACCAGUCCCGAGGGGUAUCCUGUGCUUGGAGCCUAUGUCCCUCAGUGUGAUGCUAACGGACAGUACACACCUCGACAGUGUCAUGGUUCCACCGGACAUUGUUGGUGUGUGGACAGUAAUGGAGAGGAGAGAGCUGGAACAAGAACACCACCUGGUACACCACCCACAGACUGUGGCAAACCAGAUGAACCAGAGCGUCCUAAAACUCACUGUGAGCAGCACAGAGACAGUGUUCAGACUACCAGUCCAGAGGGGUAUCCUGUGCUUGGAGCCUAUGUCCCUCAGUGUGAUGCUAACGGACAGUACACACCUCGACAGUGUCAUGGCUCUUCUGGACAUUGUUGGUGUGUGGACAAUAGGGGACAGGAGAGAGCAGGAACCAGGACUCCACCUGGUGCAGCACGAAAAGACUGUGACAAACCAGAUGAACCAGAGCGUCCAAAAACUCACUGUGAGCAGCACAGAGACAGUGUUCAGACUACCAGUCCAGAGGGGUAUCCUGUGCUUGGAGCCUAUGUCCCUCAGUGUGAUGCCAAUGGACAGUACACACCUCGACAGUGUCAUGGCUCUACUGGACAUUGUUGGUGUGUGGACAAUAGGGGACAGGAGAGAGCAGGAACCAGGACUCCACCUGGUGCAGCACGAGAAGACUGUGACAAACCAGAUGAACCAGAGCGUCCUAAAACUCACUGCGAGCAGCACAGAGACAGUGUUCAGACUACCAGUCCCGAGGGGUAUCCUGUGCUUGGAGCCUAUGUCCCUCAGUGUGAUGCUAACGGACAGUACAGACCAUUACAGUGCCACGGCUCCACUGGACAUUGUUGGUGUGUGGACAGUAGAGGACAGGAGAGAUCUGGAACCAGGACUCCACCUGGUACACCACCCACAGACUGUGACAGGCCAGAUGAACUAGAGCGUCCUAAAACUCACUGCGAGCAGCACAGAGACAGUGUUGGGACUACCAGUCCAGAGGGGUAUCCUGUGCUUGGAGCCUAUGUCCCUCAGUGUGACGCUAAUGGACAGUACACACCACUGCAGUGCCAUGGUUCCACUGGAUAUUGUUGGUGUGUAGACGGUAGAGGACAGGAAAAAGCGGGAACCAGGACAUCACCUGGUGCACCACCUACAGACUGUGACAAACCAGAGCGUCCUAAAACUCACUGCGAGCAGCACAGAGACAGUGUUCAGACUACCAGUCCAGAGGGGUAUCCUGUACUUGGAGCCUAUGUCCCUCAGUGUGAUGCCAAUGGACAGUACACACCUCGACAGUGUCAUGGCUCUACUGGACAUUGUUGGUGUGUGGACAAUAGGGGACAGGAGAGAGCAGGAACCAGGACUCCACCUGGUGCAGCACGAAAAGACUGUGACAAACCAGAUGAACCAGAGCGUCCAAAAACUCACUGCGAGCAGCACAGAGACAGUGUUCAGACUACCAGUCCAGAGGGGUAUCCUGUGCUUGGAGCCUAUGUCCCUCAGUGUGAUGCCAAUGGACAGUACACACCUCGACAGUGUCAUGGCUCCUCUGGACAUUGUUGGUGUGUGGACAAUAGGGGACAGGAGAGAGCAGGAACCAGGACUCCACCUGGUGCAGCACGAAAAGACUGUGACAAACCAGAUGAACCAGAGCGUCCUAAAACUCACUGCGAGCAGCACAGAGACAGUGUUCAGACUACCAGUCCAGAGGGGUAUCCUGUGCUUGGAGCCUAUGUCCCUCAGUGUGAUUCUAACGGACAGUACACACCUCGACAGUGUCAUGGCUCUUCUGGACAUUGUUGGUGUGUGGACAAUAGGGGACAGGAGAGAGCAGGAACCAGGACUCCACCUGGUGCAGCACGAAAAGACUGUGACAAACCAGAUGAACCAGAGCGUCCAAAAACUCACUGCGAGCAGCACAGAGACAGUGUUCAGACUACCAGUCCAGAGGGGUAUCCUGUGCUUGGAGCCUAUGUCCCUCAGUGUGAUGCCAAUGGACAGUACACACCUCGACAGUGCCACGGUUCCACUGGACAUUGUUGGUGUGUGGACAGUAGGGGGCAGGAGAGAGCAGGAACCAGAACUCCACCUGGUACACCCUCUGUAGACUGUGACAAACCAGUCCCCGUUGCUCCGACCCAGCGCCCUGAGAGCGUGUGUGAGCGAUGGAGGGCCAGUUUGAUUGAGCACUAUGGCGGAAAACCCGAGCCACAGCAAUAUUUGCCUCAGUGUGAGCCAGAUGGACAAUUCAGUCCAGUCCAGUGUUAUGGGGAGACCACUUACUGCUGGUGUGUGGACCAGGACGGGCGGGAGGUUCCUGGUACCCGAUCACAUGACGUUGUCAAACCUGCAUGCCUCCCCUCAGUGGCCCCGCCCACCACGCGGCCAUUGCCCCGCCCAGAUGUGACCCCCCCAACAAACACUGACAUCACACUGCUGUACGCUCAGGGACAGAAAAUAGGAGCGCUGCCACUCAACGGGACCAGGCUAGAUGCGGCCCACUCCAAAACACUCCUGACUCUACAUGGUUCAAUAGUUGUUGGUAUAGCCUACGACUGCAAAGAGAACCAAGUCUAUUGGACAGAUUUGUCAGCAAGAACAAUCAACAGAGCUUCAAUGGCGCCUGGAGCUGAGCCUGAGAUACUCAUUAACACAAAUCUAGUCAGUCCAGAGGGUUUGGCUGUGGACGUCAAACGUAGGUUGAUGUUCUGGGUCGACUCAAACCCUGACGUUAUCGAAAGCGCCAACCUAGACGGCAGUGGGAGGCAAACGCUGUUCGACACAGACCUGGUCAAUCCCCGGGCCAUCAUAGUGGUCUCUUCCAUUGGUACUCUGUAUUGGACAGACUGGAACAGAGAGGCCCCUAAGAUCGAGAGUUCGUCUGUGGACGGUCGGAACCGCAGGGUGGUGGUGUCGGAUGGGAUUGGUCUGCCAAACGCUCUGACGUAUGACUCUUCAUCCGGACAGAUCUGCUGGGCUGAUGCAGGUACAAAGCGUUUAGAGUGUAUAUCCCCGGACAGUUCAGGUCGAAGAGUGAUCCACCCCAGCCUCAACUACCCAUUCAGCAUGGUUUACUACAGGAACCACUUCUAUUAUACAGACUGGCGGAGGGACGGUGUGAUCGCAGUGAGCAAAGACAGCAGUCAGUUCACCGACGAAUACCUGCCUGACCAGCGUUCUCACCUUUACGGCAUCGCUAUAGCAACUACCCACUGUCUAUCAGGGAUCCACUAACGAUGGACCGGCAGCCGCCGAGUCCUUUGGUGCUAAAAUUCUGGGGCAAUUCCUGAACAGAGGGCAGGACCACCCUAAGAAUCCUCUCCUGUGUCCCUCAGAGGAAAGGACGAUGAGUAAGGGAGCAAGAUGGCUUUCUGCUGCCAGACCGACAGUCAGAGCAAAUUAGUACCCCUCCACAGACCCUGACCCCAUUAUCUCACCUUAAAGAUAUAACCCCAAAAUAAAUGUUUUGUAAAUUUGUUUUAUACCUCAUUUUUAGUUUUUUUUUUUCUACUGUAUUUUUGUAUGCAAGUUUUGUUGUUUUUGUUUUUUUUAAUCUAUUACAACUACAGGGCAAUGAAACCAGAUUUUAAAAUAUACGAGCUUAGGUUUUCUGUUCUUUAAAGCCAAAGAAGGAUGACAUGAAGAGCUUUAAAACAACCUGUUCGAGCAUCAGUUUUCUCUUUGGUCAGCAGGCCACAGUGGCUUUUAAACUCUGUUUUUCAUCAGUUUCGUUUGGUUAAACACAGACUAAAGGAGUAGUUUGACUUUUCGGGAAAUACGCCCAUUCGCCUUCUUGGCCGGACUUAGAUGGAAAGUUUGUGUCUUUGCUAAAUAUGACAAAUGUUUCCCACCUCUAGC